CGUCAAGAGUGUUCUUGAAGCCAUUUUCAUAGGUUAUAUAAUCUGCUGUCCUUUUAGACACACGUCGUUGACCACACUGGAAAUUCCAGUGGGUAUACCAUAUAUUUUGGAGUUUUAGUGACUACGGUAUCACUUUGAAAUACUGAAUGAAAAUGGCUGCUCAUCAAAUGACGCUUGAUUCUGUGUGGUUUGACAAGUUUCGUGUUGAGGAUGCAGAGAGACAAUACCAGGAGAGGCUGGCAUCUCAACAUGCAGGACUAGUUGUUGAGAGCUCCGGUCCCACCAGCCAUAUUGUCAGUGAGAUAGAACGUGCCCGACAAACCAUUCAGUCCUCACUCCGUAGCGAUUUCUUGGGUGUAGGGUUGAGCGUAGGCGUUGGUGUGGAUACAGCUGGUGUUUCAAACCAAAGGAUUGAAGCUGUUGAAAAAGAAAACAAACUCUUGCGGGAAGUGACGGAGGAUUUAAGAGCAUCUGUAUCCAUGCUAAUAGCACGAGUAACAGCCCUGGAAAAAUCAGCAGGUACACCUCAAGUAAAUGGAACAAAAGAAGAGGCAGCUAAAGCAGUGGAAGCGGCAGGUGAUGAUGACGACGACGACGACUUUAAUCUUGAUGAUUCCGAUGAUGAAGAUGCUGAAGAAGUUGCAAAACUGAAAGCAGAAAGGCUUGCAGCUUAUGCUGCUAAGAAAGCAAAAAAGCCAGCAUUGAUUGCUAAAUCCAACAUUAUUCUUGAUGUGAAACCGUGGGAUGAUGAAACGGACAUGGUUGAGCUGGAGAGGCAGGUGCGUGAAGUUUCAACAGAUGGACUUAAGUGGGGCACAGGUAAAUUAAUGCCAGUUGCCUAUGGGAUAAAAAAGCUGCAAAUAUCAUGCGUAGUGGAAGAUGAUAAAGUUGGUACUGAUUUCCUUGAAGAAGAAAUUACAGCUUUAGAAGAUUAUGUCCAGAGUGUGGAUGUAGUAGCAUUCAAUAAAAUCUAAACAUUUCAUUUUGUUUAGAAAUGUAUUCAUCAACAAAAGCAAAACCACUACUUAUUGGUUUAUUGAUUUCAUAAUUCUCAGUAUUUGAUUUUUAUAGACAUUUAUUUAAUAAAUAAUAUGAAAUUAAAAAUUUAUCUUGAAUUCAUAUUUCAACAUCAAAUAUAUAAUUUAUUUGUUGACUUGUUGAUUUACUUUAACUAAUCCCUGGUCUAUCAAUUACAAAUUUAUUUGCAAAUAAUAUAUUACAGAGAUAUAUUUGUUUAUAUACAGUAGUGAACGUCUUAUCAUCCCCUUUUAAGGGUCAUUGUCAAUUUUGUUGGUUGUGCUAUCUACAAUUAAAUCGGUCCAAGAUUUUCAAUUA